ACUGUCCCGAAGGAGGCGGCGGCGCCCACGCGGGGCUGGAGGAGCGGGGGUAGCCCGGGGCGAGGCGGCGGUUGCUGCGGCGGCUGCGCGCUCCCCGGCCUGCCGGCAGGAACCUUGGAAAAAACCCGGCUGAGUUCUGCAGAGCUGGCGGGGCCGGGCCCAGAGCUCCCCUGUGCCCAGAGCCCGGCCCGCCCUGCGGAUGAUGCCAACCUGACCAGAACCCCGCUGUCCCGGGGGCGCAGCAACUUGGUGAAGGGGACAGGUCUCCGGACUAGACAGCACCCAAGCUGGCCGCUCCCUCCCAAAGUCUGUCUUUCGGAGUGCUGGUCCCUGGCUCAGUGGCAAGGAAGACUUCAGGGCAGCAGAUCGAACCAGUGGGCACCACCGUGGACCAGGUGGAGUGAGUCUGAGGACAGCAGAUGAACAGACAGAAACUGAAAGAUCCCCAAAAAGGAUGAGUGAGAGGGUCGCGCGGAACUGGAGCACGGGCGGCUGGCUGCUGGCACUGUGCCUGGCCUGGCUGUGGACCCACCUGACCUUGGCUGCCUUGCAGCCUCCCACUGCCACAGUGCUUGUGCAGCAGGGCACCUGCGAGGUGAUUGCGGCUCACCGCUGCUGCAACCGGAACCGCAUCGAGGAGCGCUCCCAGACGGUGAAAUGCUCCUGUUUUUCUGGCCAGGUGGCCGGCACCACGCGGGCAAAGCCCUCCUGCGUGGACGACCUUCUCUUGGCUGCCCACUGUGCUCGUAGAGACCCUAGAGCUGCACUCCGCCUCCUGCUCCCACAGCCUCCAUCGUCCUGCAGAGAUGGUGGUGUCAGAUGGAGCCCUGCCUGCCGGGGGAGGAGUGUAAGGUGCUCCCGGACCUGUCAGGAUGGAGCUGCAGCAGUGGACACAAAGUCAAAACCACCAAGGUCACACGAUAGCUCUUGGGGGUCACGGCCUGGACAAGAAAGGCUUGACUGAGCCGUGAACUGAAGAAUGGUAUCCAGUUAUCAGCCAGGAAAGAUGGAGAUUCACUUACAUGCCUCAUGUCAAAUGCAGCAUCAGUCUACGGGGCAUUUCAGUUAAGCUGCUCAGCAGAUAUGGAUGUAUCUGCAAUCACAUACCUAAUGUGGAGCUGGGCUUUUCUGGAGACACGAAGGUCAACACACAAUUCCUGCCCUUAAGGAAUGUCCAGUUGAAUUGGAGAGUUGAUGACAGACAAUUUAGAUAAUUUAGGUUAAAGUACUUGAUACCAGACUGUGGCUUCUGGGCCACAUGCUAUGGCAUGAUGGGGGUUUGGGAAUGAGAUUCCCACAGUUCUUCAGAUACCCUGUGGCCACAGGGCAUAGAAACAAGAGGUCACAUUCAGCACCCACCACCUCCCUCUUUCGCAUCAGUUCUGAAUCCCCAGCAAGCUGUUAACAUGUUGCAGGAAAACACUCUCCCCUUAUGCCAGACCAGCAGUAUCUCAUUUGGAUGGGAUUGGAUUGACUUGCAGAAGGAAAGUAAAAAUAAAGCCAAAUAACUUCCCAAAUCUUUGGCACAGGUAUGGGCCAUUCAUUGGGUAUGGGAUGGACAGGACUUUAAAAUCAUCUCCAUCCAAGCACCUCAGGUUUUUGUUUGUUUGCUUAUUUUAACAGAUGAGGAAGCAGCUCCAGAGAGGUGAGGCAGUUUGCCCAAGAUCUCAUAGCCUGGGCUCCCAGACCUCUAAGACUGAUGACUUUCCACUAGCCUGAAUAAUAGGAUUCCAACGUAGGCCUCCCAUGUUAAUUUUAUGUCAAGUUACUGGAACCAGCAAAGUACAGGCUGGACAGCAGCAACAUUUUUCUUGGGAGAUGCUAGAGCAGAGACUUUUACUAAGGUCACCGUUCUCCUGUCUGAAAUAAUCCAGAAUAUCCACACACCGGGAUGUGGGACCAUCUGGUCUCCACUCUACUCUCAUCCUCCAAAUUUCAAGCAGGCCUUAUGACACCCAGAGGUCACUCAACCCAGUUACAGCUGGGGCUCAGCUGGCAUCUCCAUUGCCCACUCUGACCCAUCUCUUCUGGGGUCUUUGGGCUAUGAUUCUCAGAAGGUCUGGCUCCAGGAGAAAUUCUGGGUGGGAUGUAGAACUGGUUAGAGUCUUCUCUUUUCAAAGGCCCCUGCUGGGCAGCAGGGGUGGAAGGCUAGAGCCUCUGUUUAGAAUUAAAGGUCAGUGCAGUCAGGCUGACACUAGAUGGCUCAGGGAUGACAUAUAGGCUUCAGGGACUCAGAGGCAUGGGCUACUUAGAUACCUCAUCAGUAAGAGAAUUGCAGCCUCUGAGACUGUGGGCGUUGAGAUCACCAAGGCCUUAGGGAGGGGGGUGUCAGUAGAGACCCACCUGGACGAUGCCGAAUUCUGACCCUCAGAAAGACAAAUCAGAUGAUAGUUUGUGGCUGAGUCUCAGCUUCUCCCUCCCUCCCUGCUCAGUAGAACCAAGACUGAUAUUCCCCUUUUCUUGCCCUACUCCAGUUUAUUUUCUUGUUUUUGACAAUGGGGUGAACAAUGGUGCCAGCUUCUUACUAGACUAUAAAUAUCAGAACUCACAACUCAGAAUCUCUGCCGAUGGUGGGCUCAUGGGGUGGGGUAGUCAGGGAGUUGGUCAAAGAUUGUCCCCUCUCCCCUCUCCCCUCUCCCCUCUUCCCUUUUCCCUCUCCUGCCAUGAUCUCAACUCGCUGCAACCUCCCUGCCUCGGACUCCCGUGAUUGGCCUGCCGAGUGCCUGGGAUUGCAGGCACGCGCUGCCACACCUGACUGGUUUUUGUAUUUUUGGUGGAGACGGGGUUUCGCCGUGUUGACCGGGCUAGUCUCCAGCUCCUGACCUCGAGUGAUCUGCCCGCCUCGGCCUCCCGAGGUGCUGGGAUUGCAGACGGAGUCUCGCUCACUCAAUGUUCAAUGUUGCCCAGGCUGGAGUGCAGUGGCGUGAUCUCGGCUCGCUACAACCUCCACCUCCCAGCCGCCUGCCUUGGCCUCCCAAAGUGCUAAGAUUACAGCCUCUGCCCAGCCACCACCCCAUCUAGAAAGUGAGGAGCGCCUCUGCCUGGCCGCUGUGCAAUCUUCCAAGUGUGAAGUGACAGCCUUUCUGCAGGUGUACCCAACAGCUCCGAAGAGACAGUGACCAUCAAGAACAGGCCAUGAUGACGAUGGCGGUUUUGUCGAAAAGAAAAGGGGGAAAUAUUGGGAAAAGAAAGAGAGGUCAGAUUGUUACUGUGUCUGUGUAGAAAGAAGUAGACAUAGGAGACUCCAUUUUGUUCUGUACUAAGUAAAAUUCUUCUGCCUUGG